CUCUUUGGUGAGCGGCUCACACUCGGAUCAACAUACGUAGCAACCCAAACGAUGAAGGACAAUGCUAUGAAGUACACAAAUAGCUGCAUUUCUCCACUGAUAGGCCCUGUACCAAUGUGGGUUGCACUUGUGAAAUGGAACAAGGAUGGAGACUUCAUAUAUCCAGGUACAAAAUGGUGUGGUGCUGGAAAUAAAUCCACUACAGAUAACAAGUAUGGAGCUGGUGAAUCGACAGACAAGUGCUGCGAAAUACACGAUAACGCCACAGACUAUAUGCUGGCCUACGGAUAUCACAAUGAGAGUAAGCUGACAAACCCAAGUCCAUAUACACGAACAAACUGCUCGGAUGACAUAAAGCUCUUCAACUGCCUCUACAAUGACUCUUCCAGCCUUUCCUACGAGUUCGGCCAAGUAUUCUUCGACGUCGUGCAUGUUCACUGCUUUGCACACACGUAUCCGAUAGUGUGUAAAAACACAACAGGCGGGAAAUGUGUAGAGUACGGCAUGAACAAGACUCAAGGAAAGAAGUGGCAGUUCCUUCCUCCUCCAAACUUCUACAAAGCCUACACGAGGAAAUGGUUUAGUGACAAUUUCACAGUCCUGCCGGAUAAAGUGGACAACACAUGGGCUCUAGCCUGCAGGGAGGACCCUGAUAUGCAGUGCAGUCAAUAUGAUUACGUCAACGAAACAUUGAAACUACCAGGUCAACCAUGGAAGUUCAUAGCAUGAGUCCUUGCAGCAUUAAAGGAAUACAUG